AUGGACGCCUCUUCUCCACAGCCAGGGCUUUCUCUUUCCCUGCAUAAUAUAUUGUCAGAGCUUCACCAACGCCCUUAUCCCCAUGUUCCCAAUCCAUCAGGUUGCAAAAAACGUGCCUCCGUCGCCCUAAUUAUCCGGGUUCGCCCGACCUAUGAUCACUGGCCGACCUCGCCUUCGAUCGGGGACCCAUCAUUGGGCGUGGAAGAAAGACUAGACGAAUUUUUUGCCCAGCCGUGGGUCCAACAUGGUGACCCGGAGGCUCUCUUUAUCAAGCGCGCGACGCGAGUCGGCGACCGAUGGACCGGUCAUGUCGCGUUACCUGGAGGAAAACGAGACCCGGAGGAUGAAGAUGAUCUCGCAGCAGCCAUCAGAGAAGCAUCAGAGGAAAUUGGGCUGGACCUGACUACAGAUGACUGCAUUCACGUGGGGAAUCUUCCUGAAAGAGUGGUGACGACCAGCUGGGGGUCGCAACCACUGAUGGUUCUAUGUCCUUUUGUAUUUCUCACCACUCGGAGCGACUCCCCGAUCCUCAAAUUACAGCCUACCGAGGUGGCAUCAACACAUUGGAUCCCCCUCAGAGCACUUCUAUCAUCUUCUCUCCGUACUGUGGAGUAUGUGGAUAUGUCGCAACGGUUUGCUAAACAAAGCGGGUUUCUCACCCGAAUAGCCGUUCGGUCUCUGAUGGGCUUUAUGCAGUUCUCCGCAGUUCGACUGCUUCCAUCAGAAACCCUGCGGUGCACCUCAAUUCCCGGGUUUGUUCCCGAGGAGAAUAUCCAGCCUUCCUUCAUACAAAAGGUGAAAUCAUGGUGUCUCAGCAACCAAGCAGACUCGGGUGAGGCGGAUCGUCCACUCCUGCUCUGGGGUCUGACCCUCGGCAUCUUGGCCGAUUUCCUGGACAUGCUUCCUCCCAACACAGCUGUGCAGAUGUGGAAGUAUCCGACUUUCACGGUUCCAGAUCUCCGACUGAUCGUUAGCAUCCUGACCUAUAAUCUGCGAAAGCGCAACAAGCAAAAGGUCAAGCUAGGGGCUCGCCCCAGUGAUACCGCAUCCGACAGUGGAACAGCCGCCUUAGCUGUUACCCCCGAGGCUACUCAUGACCACAAUGAGGUCGGAAUUGGUGGUCUAGGGGUCGGGCGCUAUUACGGGCCUACUGAUCGGGCUGUCGACGGAACCUCCUAUGCAGUAGGUAUCAUGUUACAAGGCUACUAUGAUCGAUUACGGGUGGCGAUCUAUGUAUUUCUUGCCUGGCGGAUGACCCUGGGAUCGGCGGCUGUUUUCGCUGCCUGGCGACUUCUUCGGAGACGUUCAUGA